AUGGCGUCAACCUGCCGGAGUUGGAUUCUCAACUGCGGCCGACGAUGGUUCUUCCCAGUCACGCUCGCCGAGGCCAGUGACGAUUUUGCGGCCUUCUUGACGCGCUUCGUCAAACAGUUUCCGCAAUACUUCCAACACGGCUUCUACAUAGCUGGCGAGUCCUUUGGAGGGCGCUAUGUGCCGCGCUUUACGGCGGACCUCGUGCGCCGCCAGCUGGCCGGAGCUCCUGUUGCUUUUCCCGUGCAAGUCCGCGGCAUCGUGUUGGCCAACGCGCUGGUUGACGGCACGUACUCUCCACUGGGCCAUUAUGAGCUAUUCUGCACUGACAGCCCAACAGCUGACUUGCUGCGUUUCAACGCCACGGCCUGUGAUGCCAUCGCCGCCGCAAUGCCCGAGGCAGAGCGUCUCCAGCGCGUGUGCCAGGCGACCUACGACGCAAGUCUGUGCCAAGCAGCCAUCGAGUUUGGUCAGAGAAACUUGUACAAGUACUUCCAAGCACAAGUAGAUGCACUGAAGCACAGCCCCUAUGACCUUCGACUAGGUUGCGAUGUUCCUCCAACUUGUAUCCCCAAAAGUGAGUACUCCACUGGGGACUACUUCAACAAGCCUGAUAUUCAAUCCCUUCUCGGCAUUGGCGAAUACCAAAAAUAUGUCUCCAUCAACUUUAACCUCAACGCCAAUUGGUCGACCCGACCUGAGAUUAUGUUGCCCACUACUCGCGAAGUCUCGUAUCUCGUCGACGUGGCCAAAGUCCGCUUCCUGGUAUUGAACGGAAACUACGAUGUCAUUAUAAACUCCCCCGGCAUUUUCCGUGAAUGGGCCGACCUCCCGUGGCAUGGGAAUAUCCAAUUCCGCUUGGACCCCAAGAGAGACUGGUACUUUAGGGAUAGCAAAGGAGCGCUCCAAAAGGGAGGCCAGUUGAAGGGCCGAGGCCAACAGGUGCAAGUUGCUGGUGUGGAUAACGCUGGUCACAUGAGCCCAGGCGACCAUAAAGAAUCCGUGGCAUAUCUAGUACACGAAUGGAUCCAGCAGUCUUGA